ACUACAAGAGCAAAACGCUGAAUAAAAUCUGAGUCCGAAAUGAAAGUGAAACUAGGGUUUCUGAUUUCUCAUAAGAGUCUUUUCCAGUGCGGCUUUUCCCACAGCCUCUGCAAAAUUCCCAACCUCACUCCACCAUGGCUGAACAGACCGAGAAGGCUUUUCUGAAGCAACCUAAAGUGUUUCUAUGCUCAAAGAAAUCUGGAAAGGGUAAGAGGCCUGGAAAAGGUGGAAACCGCUUCUGGAAAUCUAUUGGUCUUGGGUUUAAGACUCCCAGAGAAGCAACGGAAGGAACCUACAUUGACAAGAAGUGUCCAUUCACUGGAAAUGUUUCCAUCCGAGGUCGUAUCUUAGCUGGCACUUGUCAUAGUGCUAAAAUGAAUCGCACUAUUAUUGUUAGGAGGAAUUAUCUUCAUUUCAUCAAGAAGUAUCAGAGAUAUGAGAAAAGACACUCAAACAUUCCCGCUCAUGUAUCACCUUGCUUCCGUGUUAAAGAAGGAGAUCAUGUUACUAUUGGCCAAUGCAGGCCACUCUCCAAGACAGUGAGGUUCAACGUGUUGAAGGUGAUCCCAGCUGGUUCAUCCAGCGGUGUUGCCAAGAAGGCUUUUACCGGAAUUUGAGAUUUGACUUUCGAUUGAGCCAAGACAUCUGAUUAUAUCUAUUGAAUGUAGUUCUGAUUUUCUUUAUGUUGACUAGUAUAAAGAUCUGAACAAUUUUGUUUUGCCGGCGAAGUUCUGUUUUAUUAUUGGAUAAUCGUUGAAGUUUUUGUUAUUCAUUAUUGUUAUUAGAUAUACUCCAUGCAAUUGUUUUUAA